AAGAAGUUUGUACGCGUCCUCGGCAGCUCGUACUCGUCAUCAUCAGGUUGCUACAACUCGGAGCGGAGGUCACAGCACGAGAGGGAAGCUGCAGCGUAAUACCAGUGAAAUACUCAGUUGUGUUGGACUGAUGCUGGGACGUUGUUAGGCGCUUAGUACAUUUUUUUUUUUUUUUUUUCCCAGCCGUGCCUCUGGUGUUCUCUCUCCCACGACUGACCAAUGCUUCUGCAUCAGUUCAUGAACGGCGCCCUGGAAGUCAUGCAUCCCUCAGCGAUCCAGAAAGACACUACUUUUACCAAAAUCUUCGUCGGUGGGCUGCCGUACCACACCACCGACGCCUCACUGAGAAAAUACUUCGAGGCCUUCGGGGACAUUGACGAGGCUGUGGUGAUAACGGACAGGCAGACCGGUAAAUCCAGAGGAUACGGCUUUGUGACAAUGACGGACCGAGGAGCAGCUGAGAGAGCCUGCAAGGACCCCAACCCCAUAAUCGACGGCAGGAAGGCCAAUGUGAACCUGGCCUACCUGGGGGCCAAACCCCGCAGCAUGCAGACAGGCAUAUCCAUCGGAGUGCAGCCCAUUCACCCAGCACUCAUCCAGAGGCAGUAUGGGUUGGCCCAGCCAUACGUCUACCCACAAGCAUAUGUGCAGCCCAGCCUGGUGCUGCCCUCUCAGGUUUCCUCCGCCGUCAGCAGCAGCCCCUACAUGGACUACAGUGCAGCCUACACCCAGUACGCCCAGGCGGCCUUUGAGCAGCAGUACCCGUACGCCGCCUCCCCGGCUAGCUUCCUUGGCUACAGCUACGCCACCAGCCCCACAGCCACCACCGGUCCGGCCGCCGCAGCAACAGCCCCGGCCACCGUCCUCCCCUCAGGCGCAGGCCCGGCCCAGGCCUUCCUACACUAUGCCCCGCAGCAGCACAUCCAGCCGGACCGUAUGCAGUGAGCCUGUGAAGGAAGUGGAGCAGAAGGAGCCCUAUAGGUGGAGGUGGAGGAGGAGGGAGUAGUGGACGCAGACCUUUUUGGACAGAGGAUGGCAAAACGCCCGAUAGGGUGACCCAGCUAUCAUCAGCAGAGGCUUUCAGGAAAAAGGGUGGGUCUAUUGCACUAUAGGAUCAGAAUGAGCCGUUUGCUCAUUGUUUAAAGGGGUUGGGAGGGGUUGGAGGACUCGAGGUUCAGGUUGGGAAGCUAAACAGCAUAAAAUAUGUGGUCACUUCCAGAAGCCGACACUUCAUUUUUUUAUUAUUAUUAUUAUUAUUAUUUUUAUCGUCCUUUAUUAUUGUAUUAAUGUAAUUGUAAAUAUUUGUUUGUAUGCCUUUAUUAUCAAUGUUAUAAUGUUUAUGGCUCAAUCAGAUGUGUGUCCAUGGUGCAUAUGGAUGAGUGGAGAGCCACCUGGGACAUGUCGCACCUCUUUCCUCCCGUCUCCAGAGUAUCUGGGGCGGAUAUGAAGGGCACUGCUGCUGCUUUAGGACACUCGGGGAACAGUAAGAUAUUGGGUGGUGAUGUGGGGAGGCGUAUACGGCGAGCCUCUCAGCCGUGUGAUCCCAUCCUGGUGCCGUCCACAGUGAGGUAAAGCACUGUCUGCACCGCGAACAAACUCUCCACAUCACAGGACGACGACGAGAAAUUUCGCCUCAAGGACAAAACGGAAAGAUAGUUUCAAGUAUAUAAGACAGUGGGGGCUCCAUUGUUUUGAGACUGUGAUGUCUGGACUACACUUUUUUUUUUUUUUUUUUUAAUAUUCUUAUUCAUUAAAAAGAGGCCUUUAUAAAAGAGAAACUUCUUUUAAA